AUGUUUAAACAUGUGGUAAAUAGCAGUAUAAGGUAUGUCCUACCUAUACGGUCUAUAACCUUUCACAACGCUACUAAUAUCAUUCCUUUUCAUCAUAAAUCGAUUGCCAUUCGAUGUUUACAUUAUUCAUCACCAUUAUUCAAUGCUUUAAAAUCAGAAAUAGAGUCAGAGACUAAAGAAGAAGAAGAAGAAGAUGAUGAUGAUGAUGAUGAACUCAAGAAUAAUAUCUCCAAAUUCGAGAAAAACAAGAGAAGUCCUAUGAAAUCAUUAGAUGAAUUCACCAAUGAUUUUACAUCAGUAUAUACUAAAUAUGGUUGGUUUGCUGUACCCAUUAAACUUUAUGGUUAUGGUUGGACUGUACCAAAAAUCGAAGAAGUAAUCGAGUCAACCUUUAAUCAACCCGAGAGUAAGGAUAUAGCUGAAUUGACUGGAGUAGUUAAUGAGUGGUUAUACUCUUUAAGAGGUCGUGAUGUACCUAAGAUUAAAAAAUUAACAAAAAGGGAAUUACUUGAGAUCAAAGAAAAUGAAACUUAUCGUCGUCAAUUAAGUGGAGAUAUCGAUGUUGAGAUUGAAGAAGAUGUGGAGACUCCUGAGGAAAUUCCAGAAUCAUCAUCAUCAGCUGAGUCAUCUACAGAGUCAUCAACACCAACACCAACUCCAAAAAAGAAAGUUAAAAAAAUGAUUAAUUUUACUCAUGCCUGGAAUUAUUUCUUUUCAUUAAAAUAUGCUGAAUCGGAAAUGGAUUAUAAACUUGCAAAGAAAGAAAUCGCUAUUCUAUGGAAAUCUUUCAAUUUAGAUGAAAAGAAUAAGUAUCGUCAAGAAUAUGCUGAUUUAUUAAAGUCUGGUAAAGAUGUUUAUAAAGGUCAAAUUAUUGACUUAGCUGAAAAACAAAUAGUCAAUAAAACUUUGAGUACUUAUAAACGAACUCAUUUCAGAAAGAAAAAGCUAAAGGAAGAAAUGAGAAAGGAAGCUCUUGAAGCUGGUCUUGCUGAAGGAGAAGAACAGGUUCAACCUGAUGACACUACAAUUGACGAAAAAUAA